AUGUGUUCCGGUUCAGAUAAUUCAAUAAUUAUUGAAGAACUGGAUGUAGAAAAGGUGUCGGUAGUAUGCUUUUUUAUUCAGUUACGGUAUCCUAACAUUAUUAUUGCAGUUAACAGUUACACCAUCGAAACAUUGAAAAUUAUACAAAGGAAGGAAAUUGAGGAACUCCUUCCUUCGCCGUUUCUUGCUGAGCGAACCAGAUUCAUUCAUGAAUUGGACUCUUGGAGGGAGGCACAGGGGCUUUCAAAAGUCAGCGAACAACCCGUUACUUGCAAUUCAUCUGCGACCCGAGACAACAACGCGUGGCCCUCUGAAGAGACUCAAGUGACACGAGAAGCCUGUACUGCCACCUUCUUAUUGAACGCGUCAUCGAAAGGGCAAGCCAUCCUAAGGAAGUACAGCAAAACCGCAUUCCUCUCCAGAUCUGACAAAAAAAGUGUCACCCACAUCGUUGUUGACGAGUUCAAAAACCGUUUUUCUAAGCUGUCAUCGUCGGAACUACUGGAUAGAGCUUGUGAGCUGAAGCAAUUAUUUCCCAGUGAGCCACAGGAAACCUGGUACCAACCAACGUUUAUCGCGGACAGCACAGGGAAAAGGAAGAAAAUUCGCAAACAAGCAAAAGGUCGUUUGUACGAUAGAAACAUAAACUACAGGGAAAUCGACUGGGACCGAAAGGAAUCAAAAAGAUCUGAAACAUCCGCUAAAGCUUCCGUUGACGUCUCCGAAGAAGAAGCUGCAGAGUACCAUAAGGUAAAAGCUUGGCUGGAACAUAACCAAGACGAAUGGGAGGAACUCAAAGUCAAGUGGAAGCGAUCUAGUCCGUGGCGACUGAUCGAAAUAACAAAAACAGAAAACCGAACGUGCGCUUCGAUACUUGCUGAAUAUCCCACACUCAGGAACCACCGUGGCUAUCAGCUUGUUCAGAUAGAUUUCCAGCAGAAGUUUUCCGGGAAGGAAGAAAUCUUAUUCGACCGUUGGAUCGGGUUCGCUGCAGCUACUCAAGAUAUCUUGCAGGUUGAAGUGACAGAUGCUAAUGGCAAGGCCCUCCUUGCAUGCUUAAAUGCUGAUGAUAUUUCAGAAGAUGCCAGGAAUUAUGUAAUCGUGUCUCUGCUGGCUCACAUUCUUCCUCGUACACAUGUUAAGUGUAUCGGUAAAAAGAUUUGGAAGCCAUCGUACAGCGAAGCGCAGGAAGGAGUUGUGAUUCAUGUGAAACAACUGUCGGACUUAGAAUCAACAUUGUCUCGCUUGUUUAAAGGAUGCCGGGAUAGGGGCAUUUCGUCUGCUCCGUUUAUUAUAGUUCGCGGGCCGGAUUGGAGAAAUCCCACCAGCUUUACAGUGUGGAACAACGUCGUGUCAUAUAAGCUGCCAAGCUUUUUGAAAGCGUUGGACGUGUGCAUCAAGAUCUACAAAGCGUAUGAUAUCAAUUUCCCGCCGCAGUCAGCAGUAAUUUGGAACUUGUUAUCAUCGUACCUAUUCGAAAUUGAUCCUGUUAAACAGGACGCCAGUGUUGAAUCGUUGUGUUCUGCCAUACGACUAAAGCUGUCAUCAAAAUGAUCCAUUGUAUAGUAAAGGGGUGCUCCUGGAAGACUAGCUCAAUCAACAUACUUUACGAGCAUCUGAAUCGAAUGCAUAAUUCGAUAUCAACUUAUAGCUGCAAUUAUAGCGGCUGCAUGCGAAAUUACAAUGUACGAGCAUCGUUCUUUCGACAUUUCAAAAAGCACUAUGAGGAUACAGCCAGCUGGAGGAACAUAAACUCCACCCACGAGAGCAGAAAUCUAAACGAAGUUCCACAAUUUUGUUCCGAAAGUGACAUGAUAACCGUUGAGAAAAAACAAAAUGUCAAAAAUAAGCAGGAAAAUAAAGAUGAACUUGAAACAAAAAACAACCAUGAAGAGAAAAUAGAUAACACGAUAAAUUUUAACGAUUUGACAUAUCAGAUGAAGAAUUUAAGCAUUAGCUUUAACCUGAAGUGGCUCAAUAUGAAUACGUUACCACGGAAAACUGUUUUUGACAUCCAAAAUGAUGUACGCACGAAUAUGCUUCAACCAUUCAAAGAGGUGGUUGCAACGAUGGAAGCAGUUGGUUUUAUUACAACUGAAAGUAGUAGGAUUUUCAAAAAAAUGUUUGACAUUUUUGGUGGUGUAGAGACGGAAUAUAAACUAAUCCAAGCGUUGAAAAGUUUAGAUUUGUAUGCAGUUCCUAGAGAAUUCAUCAUAAACAACGAACUGCGUGCCGGCGUUUCCAAGAAUCAACAGCAAUUGAGUAAUGAUCCAAUCGGUGGUAAGUAUCUAUUUGUCUGUGUUAAUCGCACCACAUCAUAGAAGUUUUUUUUUAGGUAUUUUAAUGCCCAUAAAAUUCCAAUUGAGGAAGUAUUUGGAAUCGCUCAACGUACUUCAAAUGAUUUUGGAUCACCUUCCUCCAUCCGAAGAUGGAUAUAUUCGUAGUCUGGUAGAUGGCUCCAUCUGGAAAAUGCGGACAAAAGGAUCACCAAAAAUCGUGAUUCCUCUGAAUCUAUUCUUUGACGACUUCACCACCACAGAUACAGUUUCACCACAUGCGUCCAGAACAUCAAUAUGCGCUAUAUAUUAUUAUAUACCAUGUUUGCCAGCUUUUGUUCUAGCCAAGUUAGUUAAUAUUUUAGUGGCAGGAUAUAUUUUGACGGAAGAUCGAAAGCAAUACGAAAACAAAGAACUUUUCAGUAAUCUCGUAGAUACAUUGAUUCACUUAGAGCAGGAAGGCAUAGAAGUUUCAUAUGAAGGUAAAAUUGUUGUAGUUCACUUUAUGAUUGGAUUUAUAACCGGUGACAACUUAGGAAUAUCUGGAAUUUUAGAUCUAGUAGAAUCUGCCCGAGCAAAUUUUUACUGUCGUGUAUGCAAACGAAACCGUCAGCAAAGAGAAACAGAUAUUCGUGAAUAUUCAGAAACUUUCCGUAACGUAGAAAGUUAUGAACGGGAUUUAGAACUAGAUGAUGUUUCAUUAACGGGUAUUAAAAAAGAUAGUAUUUUUAAUAGAAUCCCUUCUUACCACGUUGCCUACAACAUAUACUUCGAUUUAAUGCAUGACCUUUGGGAGGGAGUCUGUGUUUAUGGUCUUUCACAUUGCUUAAAUUACUUCAUUAAUACAAAGAAGCUAUUCACUCUCGAAGAACUAAAUGCAAGGAAGAAUCUUUUUGUUUUUGGAGAUUUAAAUUCAUCAAACAUACCCAACGACAUCAAAGAUGUGAACAUAGCCAAAAGUAAAAUUAAAAUGACAGCAAGCGAAGUUAAAACAUUAGUUACCUUUUUCCCUCUUAUAAUAGGCAAAAUGAUUCCGAUUAGUGAUCAAGUGUGGUGUUAUUUCUGUAAUCUUUUAAAAAUUUGUCAUAUUCUCAUGUUGCGAGAGGUACCACAUUAUUUAAUUGAAACGUUACGACAAUUGGUAGAAACUCAUCAUUCUCAAUAUCAAAAACUGUUUUGCGAUACUCUUAAACCAAAACACCACAACCUUGUUCAUUAUGCAUCAUCUUUGUUAACUUCAGGGACACCACGCCAUCAGUGGGCAAUGCGAGGAGAAGGCAAACAUAGGGAGGCAAAGCAGUACUGUAGAGUAAACAAUAAUAAGAUCAAUUUAUGCAAAUCUCUCAGCUUCAAAGCAGGAUAUAAAUUUGCAUUCAAUCUACUAAACAAUGCUUUCAUACCUUCUGUAUUGGAUUAUAGUGAGUCUAAAGUUACUUCACGAUCACUAUUACCAGGGCAUGAGUUUUUGUUACGAGAGUAUAGUAUGGAAAGUUCAGCUGAAUAUGUUGAAAGCGUAAUCAAGAAAGGAUCGGUUUUCGUGAAAGGUACAAUAUUUUACGUAUGGUAUCAUAAUUGCAUCAUGCUCUAUAGGCUAGAAUACAUCAUCAGAAUUAGAACUGAAGAGCUCAUUUUCAUCUGUUAUCGUAUUUAUCAUGAAACAUUUAACGAGCAUUUACAAUCAUUCGAAGUGUUCAUAUCAAAUGAGCAGAGAAUCAUUCCAAAUGCUGGGAAAGUAGAUACUUUUGCAGUUAAUUUGCAUGAAGUAGAUGAAAGAACAUAUUUUAGGCACUGUAACUUAGAAUAAGUUUGGCGGUAAAAUGUAUGGCAUAAUAUACGCAUCAAAAUAAUUUCUCACUUAUUUAAAAAAAUAAAACAAGAAAAUACCACGAAUUAUAAAAACAACCAUAUUCAUUUAUUGGGCUAAAUAAAUUUUUAUUUAAACCAAGAAAAAUAGCAUUUUUGGUUCAAAAAUUAACUCUGUUCCUUUUAAACACCAGAUAUUGUUGUUUCUCAAAAAAUCAUUUUUGCUUUAAAAAAAAAUAUUGUUACGCGGUCGUAUCAUCCCACUUUUGAAUUCAACAAUAAAUAUUGUUGAAACGAAAGCAUGAUUAUUGUUGAAUCAAAGAUAUUACUUUAUAAGCCGG